CCAGGCGCCGCAAGGGGCGCUGCGCUCCACCUCAUCUUUACCUCAGGAUGGCUGUUUUCUCCUUAGCCAAGUAGCUAACUAACUAACAAACUAGCUGCGCUGAUAACCGCUGUAUGAGCAUCUGGUGCGGGACAGCGAGGCUUAAAUUAAAUUGUUAUAAAUGGUGUAAAUCGCCACUGGUUUGUGAGUUUGUGGAGUUUGAGUUAGUAGUAACUGCUGGGGAAAUGCUGAAGCAGCUCAGCCCGGCUAGCUUAGCUUAGCCUGUUAGCUAACUAGCUUAGCUUAAAAACAACAGGCUUGAAAACAAGCUAGCGGCUUUAAUUAAAUAAUAACGACAGAAAACGUUAAAUAAAUCAUCCUGUACACGAUUUACUGCAGACAUGGACCGCCUGACAUCUUUUGGAAAUGACCCUUUUGACAAGCCUCCUUGUCGGGGAUGUUCUUCGUACUUGGUGGAGCCUUACAUAAAGUGUGCUGAGUGUGGACCAUCCCCUUUCCUUCUCUGUCUCCAGUGUUUUACUCGGGGCUAUGAGUAUAAGAAGCAUCAAAGUGAUCACAAAUUUGAAAUCAUGACGUCGGAUUUUCCUAUACUGGAGCCCAGCUGGACGGCGCAGGAGGAGAUGGCUCUCCUAGAGGCUGUCAUGGACUGCGGCUUUGGAAAUUGGCAGGAUGUGGCCUAUCAGAUGCGCACCAAAACCAAGGAGGAAUGUGAAAACCACUACAUGAAGAACUUCAUCAACAACCCUCUCUUCUCCUCCACACUGCUCAGUCUCCGGCAGAUGGAGGAGGCUCGAACAGCGGACAGUGCCAUCCCAUUCAAACCCACUGACGAUCCUCCUCGGCCCUCGUUUGACUCUCAGCUGUCCAGAGAUAUGGCGGGGUACAUGCCUGCUCGAGCAGACUUCAUGGAGGAAUUUGAUAACUACGCGGAAUGGGAUUUAAAAGAUAUUGAUUUUGUUGAUGACGACUCUGACAUUCUUCAUGCUCUUAAAGUUGCGGUUGUGGACAUAUACCAUUCAAGACUAAAGGAGAGACAGCGAAGGAAAAAGAUCAUUCGAGACCAUGGACUAAUAAACCUGCGCAAGUUUCAGAUACUGGAACGACGGUAUCCUAAGGAGGUGCAGGACCUGUAUGAUGCCAUGAGGCGAUUUGCCAGGGUGCUGGGACCGAUCGAGCAUGACAAGUUUAUAGAGAACCAUGCUUUGGAGUUUGAGCUGCAGAGAGAGAUUCGACGGCUGCAGGAAUACAGAAAGGAAGGCAUUCGGACGUUCUGUGGUGCCAAGGUGUAUGAGCGGGUGAAGCGGGCGAGGGAAGACGAGCGCAGUAAGAGGAACAUGCUGUGUGAAGUGCUGCAGUACCUCCAAGAUGACCGUGCCUGCCAGCAGUGGCUCCACAAACAGGCUGCCAUUGAUGCAGGCAUCACCCCAGUGAUCACUACCAUCACUACCUCAGGCAGAAGAAGUGCACCCCCUCUGAACUUAACAGGGUUGCCAGGUACAGAAAAACUCAACGAGAGAGAAAAAGAGUUGUGUCAGGUGGUGCGGCUGGUGCCCGGGGCGUACCUGGAGUACAAGCAGGCUCUGCUGAACGAGUGCAGGCGGCAGGGUGGUCUCCGGCUAGCGCAGGCCCGCUCGCUCAUCAAGAUCGAUGUCAACAAAACCCGCAAAAUCUACGACUUUCUCAUCAAGGAGGGCUACAUUAACAAAGCCUAGCCCACGAACUGGACUGUGCACUUCUGGCAGGCAGAGAAGUGGCAACACAUUCCAUAACCUCGGAGAGAACCGAGACAAACGUAACCGAACUCUAAACUACAGGCGUCCUUUUGUAACAAGUGUCCAGGUGAAAUGUUGUGAAGGGUCUGCGAAAUCAAGAUUAAUUUUUCAGUGUUGUGAUCAAUUAAGCAUCAGACACUGAAACAUCACUAAAGUAUAUAUUGCCUUUUGUCCUCAUGAAUUUAUGUGUUGCCUUUCCUUUUCUUUCUAUCUUUUCAAUUGACCAAUACCUCAGAGAUUGACAACAUUUUAUCAUGUGAAAUUUGAUCUUGUGAUGAAUUACCGUGGCGUACACAUGUUCAACCAUAAAUCAAAUAUAAAUCACUCCCCAGAAAAUGCA